UUAAUUUUCAGGUAAAUUUUAUUGAGCGUGCAACAAUUAAAAAGUUAAAACCACUCUUUCUGCACAGUGCUGUGUAUAAAGAAUGGCUAUGUUGUACGAAAUAUUAAUAAUCUGGAGUUGUGUAACGAUCGGCGCACAUUCAUUAAGAUCGUUUGAGACGAAAGUAAAUAACGACACCAACAUUGAAAGUAAACAAUUCCGAAAACAAUACGGCGACAUGAUGCCUAGAAAAGAGACGUUCAUGCCGAUGCAAAUGAAAAAAAAGAAAGAUGCGCCUGAGACGUUCUACGAGCCGUAUAUGGAGAAAGGAGACUGGGUGUUUUAUCGGAAUCAAUCGACAAAGAAUCCAACACCGUAUUUUCUGAACGUCGGGAACUCAACAAAACAUACCGAAUGUAACCAAAUAUGUUCACGAAUGUACCAGGACUACGGACAAGUGUGCGCUAUGAGGUACGACAGAUCUGCUAAGGAAAAUGUAUUCAGGACCUUCGACAGUCUCUGUCAUGUAGAAUUUGAAAAUUGUCGCUCUGACACAGAGAGUGAGUCGCAUUCCAAGAGUCGCUGAUCUAUUAUUAACAUCCAAAGUAAUGUAUCGUUCACAGCUUGAGCCAGCAUCGCUUCCAGUAGAUGUCGAGACUCUCUUAGCGGUGGAACAUUUAUCUAUAAUAUUAAUCUCAACUCGUUCCCAUUUCUCGGUCCGCAGGGUACGCGUGGUUCCCGAGGUACAAGGGGAGUUGUGUGAAGCUUGUGCGGAGUCAGCCGAUGAAAAAUUUGGAUUUAGCCAAAUUUGCGGCGACCUAUGAAGGGAGAAUAAAGCUAUUCAAAUAA